AUGUUCCUUCCUUUCCCAGUGUCAGGGGUGACAUGCUGUCAAGCACUGUGCUACAUUUGGGACUGUGCUACAUCUGGGACUGUGCUACAUUUGGGACUGUGCUACAUCUGGGACUGUGCUACAUUUGGGACUGUGCUACAUUUGGGACUGUGCUACAUCUGGGACUGUGCUACAUCUGGGACUGUGCUACAUUUGGGACUCAGCUACAUUUGGGACUGUGCUACAUCUGGGACUGUGCUAAAUUUGGGACUGUGCUACAUUUGGGACUGUGCUACAUUUGGGACUGUGCUACAUCUGGGACUGUGCUACAUCUGGGACUGUGCUACAUUUGGGACUGUGCUACAUCUGGGACUGUGCUACAUCUGGGACUGUGCUACAUUUGGGACUGUGCUACAUUUGGGACUGUGCUACAUUUGGGACUGUGCUACAUUUGGGACUGUGCUACAUUUGGGACUGUGCUACAUUUGGGACUGUGCUAGAUCUGGGACUGUGCUACAUCUGGGACUGUGCUACAUCUGGGACUGUGCUACAUCUGGGACUGUGCUACAUCUGGGACUGUGCUACAUCUGGGACUGUGCUACAUUUGGGACUGUGCUACGUCUGGGACUGUGCUACAUUUGGGACUGUGCUACAUUUGGGACUGUGCUACAUUUGGGACUGUGCUACAUCUGGGACUGUGCUACAUCUGGGACUGUGCUACAUCUGGGACUGUGCUACAACUGGGACUGUGCUACAUUUGGGACUGUGCUACAUCUGGGACUGUGCUACAUCUGGGACUGUGCUACAUUUGGGACUGUGCUACAUUUGGGACUGUGCUACAUUUGGGACUGUGCUACAUCUGGGACUGUGCUACAUUUGGGACUGUGCUACAUCUGGGACUGUGCUACAUCUGGGACUGUGCUACAUUUGGGACUGUGCUACAUUUGGGACUGUGCUACAUCUGGGACUGUGCUACAUCUGGGACUGUGCUACAUCUGGGACUAUACAAAGGGCUUGGGUGAACAUAAACCUAAUUUAGAAGGAAGAUGUCAAGAAGUGAAAUGA